CAUUAUGGAACUGUAGUACAAAGAAAAGAGCGGGAGUGCUGUAAGUGGAGGUCGAUUGAGUUUCUCGAGUGAACUUCCCACUGUGAGCAGUCCACACGCCUCCCACACUGAGUGAUUGUCUUGUUUCCACACACAUCUGAUUGCUCUUCGGGCACGGGACAGCAUGACCAGCGGAUACAAGGACGGGACACCUGAAGAGGAAUACGCACACUUGCCAUUCAUCAGGAAACAGGGGAACAUUUACAAACCCAAUAAUAAAGAAAUGGAUAACGACAGCAUCAACGAAAAGACACUUCACGAUUUCCACACCAAGGAGAUUGACCUGGUCAACCGGGACCCAAAGCAUAUAAAUGACAAUGUAGUCAAGGUUGACUUUGAAGACGUGAUCGCUGAGCCUGCUGGCACCUACAGCUUUGACGGCGUGUGGAAAGCCAGCUUCACCACCUUCACAGUAACCAAAUACUGGUGCUACAGGCUUCUGACAGCCCUGGUGGGCAUUCCGCUCGCCCUCGUAUGGGGCAUCUUCUUUGCCAUCCUCUCCUUCAUUCACAUCUGGGCAGUGGUGCCCUGUGUAAAGAGCUACCUAAUUGAGAUCCACUGUGUCAGUCGAGUCUACUCCAUCUGUGUGCACACCUUCUGCGACCCGCUGUUCGAGGCCAUCGGAAAGUGCUUCAGCAGCGUCCGGGUCACCACCACCAAGGUGGUGUAAGGACAGGGAAAUGAAAAGAGCCAGAGGGAUAGGGUGGGAUGGGGAAAUGGAAACCAAUGUCCAACACAGGGCGAUAAAUCUUAAAGAAAAUAUAACUCUAUAAUAAAGAGGGCAACACAAAAGUGAACAGAGAUUGGCUUUUGAGCGGUUGCACUGUAUUUUGGUGGCUAUAAGAAAAGACACUCUUCACUGUCUCUGUUCAACAAGUCCAUGAUCUUAGUAUCCUCUCCACUUUGGAUUCCAAGGGGACAUCUGUAAAAAAUUCUCAUAUUUUUGUUAUUUGUUUGCCUGUAUCAUCGUAAAAAAAAAAAAAUUCUGCCUUACUUGUGUUGAAUCUGUUGUUUUAUUGACCUUUUUAUUCAUUCGUGUAACAACGUAGUUAAAUGGUAGUAUCGUUGUGGUGCUUAAACAACUAAUAGUUUUGCUUUGUUCGGUAUUCUGUCUGUCUUCCGUUUGGUAUAUGUGUACUCUCACCCUUAAGGCCAAACUUUGGUGUCCGCGUUGCUGGAACGUCUCACGCACAGUGUGCGUGACACAAAUUUUGUCAUCAGCACCGUAUGUGUGGACUCUCCACAUCCAACCUAGUUUUUAAGACAUGCACGUCAUCGUGCAUGUGCCUGCUGUUAACUGUGCUAAAAGAGUAUCGCAAAGCAGUCGUAGUGCGCUUGUGGUCAAAAGAGUUUACUUUGAAAGGCUGAGCUCUUGACAGUGUGCAAGAUGGAAUGGCACACAGUAAAACGAAGUAUAGAACAUGUCCUUACCAGGCGCAACAAGUUUUGGGCAACAAACAAUUUGUCUGUCCACACUAAACGCAAAAUGGCUGCACCACGUGACACAGCCAGUCGACAUUUGAUUUUGGACCAGUGUGGUUUCAUGGUGGGAGGGGUUACCCUGUACAAUAAGAAUCAAUGAAUAUAAUCGCGAUCUUCAUUGAUUCAUAUUGGUUAUUGAUUCUUAAAAUCCCAUAACAGAUUUUUUACUUUUACCUUAAAGUUUACUUCAGUUUUGGUUGUGUCCAUUAUUAUAUGUGUUCAAUAAUUUUAGCAAUUGAACUGCAUAAUUUGAGAAUUUAUUUCAUAUGUAAGUAAAAUAGUUAUUAUAACUGAAAUAUUCCCAAAUAAAUCAGAAUUUAAUCGAAUUGUAUUGUAAUCUUAAUAGAAAAUCAAAUCGAGAGAUUAUGAAUCAGAAUUGCAUCAAAUCAGAAAAUUUGUAUCGAUACUCAGCCCUGCUGUACAAUCAAGUUGACAAAAUUGCCUUUUGUAAACUUCAGAUUUACAUAGAAGAGACAGCUUUUAUUGCUUUACGCCUGAACGUGCUGCACCUGGUUCGGACACUGUGUUAUUUGCGGUCAUCACUGGGGUUUGUGAAAUCUAAAUUUUUUUUUUUUUUUUUUUUGGUAGCUGGGGUUUGGGAGAUUGCCUGAAUUUUAGUGAAAAAGUAGGCAUGGCCCUGCUGAUGUCAAGACUGCCCGUCACACUGCAUGUUGCCACUGAAAAUGGUGGAUGGCCCAAACACGGGGCAAAAGAGUUGCACUCACUGAACCCUUUGUCAACUCAGCAUAUACUAACAAAGAGACUGUUCCUGGCUCUAUGACACAUAACGCUUCAAACUGGUUGUCAUUGCAACAGCUUUAUGAUUGACAGAGAAUGUCUGUAUACCUUCCAGAGAGAUGUUAUGUGAAUUUAGCUACUCAGCUUAACCACACCAAGGACAUAAACCUAGUGGGGUCUUCUAGCAGCCGUGAAGAUUGAAAAUUUUUUAUAAUGCGAAAGCACAUUACCACAGCAUUAACACAGACAUAAACACAUGUUUGCGGUCUUUGAAGAUGAAGAACUUGUUUUUAUGGAUUUUUAUUUUUAUAUUGUUGCUUCUGCUGGACAAAGUGACGUCAUUUGGGUUGGAAUUUUGUCCCUGCAAACAUAAACAAACCCGUCUGCUUCUCCGUUGGUUCACUGUCGGACACAAACACACACACACAUACACAUACACAUACACACACUAACAAAGACUGGCAGCAAACUAAAGUAACCGGCCUCACAGGCUGCUGCUAAAUUGGGGUAUAUUAUUUUUUAUACUGACGUUAAGCUCACUUUUUUCACCUUUUUGUCCACCCGCUUUGACUCAGUCACCUCUUUGUCUACCUGCUGUUUUAGUAUCUAUUGCAAAACAUGUUCUUAAAUUAGUCUGCCUCUGUAGAUGAGACCAUAUUUUUAUUCAUAUUUUAUAUGAAAACUAAAAUUGUCUUUCCUUGCUUUUACUGUAAAAUGACAUAAUGCUGUGCACAUUAAAAAAUGUAAUAUAAAUUAAGUUGAUUUUUA